AAAUGAAUACAGAAAUAUAGCAUCAGUGAUUUUAUGGGCAAGGACGGCUUGAUAAAUCGCAGUUUACUUUUCAAAGAGGUGCCAAUAAACAUUAAAACUAAAAAAUGUCGAGUUUCGCGGUAAACAUCAUACGUCCAGUGUAAAAUGCUCGGUGACAUUGAAUUAACAAAACGCUUGGUAGUUAUCGCUGUAGUUCUAGGAAUUAUAUUAGUUUUGAAGGAAUACGUAUUUGUUUAUCCAAUAUGACUCAACAUAAAGUUGCUUAUUUUUAUAAUGCCGACGUAGGGAACUUUCAUUAUGGGCCAGGGCACCCGAUGAAGCCCCAUAGGUUAUCUGUUACGCAUAGUUUGGUUCUGAACUAUGGGCUUCAUAAAAAGAUGCAGAUAUACAAGCCGUACAGGGCUAGCGCGCAUGAUAUGUGUCGUUUCCACAGCGAGGACUACAUAGAAUUCUUGCAGAAUGUGACACCACAGAAUAUUCAGAGUUAUUCAAAAGACUUGCUGCACUACAAUGUUGGUGACGACUGUCCAGUGUUCGAGGGUCUGUUUGACUUCUGUUCAAUGUACACAGGAGCCUCGUUAGAAGGAGCCAUGAAGCUAAACAAUAAUGCCUGUGAUAUAGCUAUCAACUGGUCUGGUGGCUUGCAUCAUGCAAAGAAAUUUGAACCUUCAGGUUUCUGUUACGUAAAUGACAUAGUCAUAGCAAUAUUAGAGCUUCUAAAGUACCAUCCUAGAGUACUCUACAUAGACAUAGAUGUUCAUCACGGUGACGGCGUGCAAGAAGCAUUCUAUCUGACGGACAGAGUGAUGACGGUCAGCUUCCAUAAGUACGGGAACUACUUCUUUCCUGGGACCGGGGAUAUGUAUGAGAUUGGUGCUGAAAGUGGGAGGUAUUACUCUGUGAAUGUACCAUUGAAAGAGGGGAUAGAUGAUCAGAGUUAUGUGCAGGUUUUCAAACCAGUGAUAUCUAACGUGAUGGAGUUCUACCGUCCUACUGCUAUAGUGCUGCAGUGUGGAGCGGACUCCUUGGCUGGCGACAGACUCGGCUGCUUCUCUCUGACGACGCGGGGCCACGGGGAGUGCGUCAAGUUUGUCAAGAACUUGAAUGUACCUACUCUGGUGGUCGGUGGCGGAGGUUACACAUUGAGGAACGUAGCGCGGUGUUGGACAUACGAGACGUCUCUACUUGUUGACGAAAACAUAUCGAACGAGUUGCCCUACACCGAGUACUUGGAGUUCUUCGCGCCGGACUUCCAACUGCACCCGGAAAUCAACAGUACAAACAACGCGAACAGCAAGCAGUAUCUGGAAGCGAUAUCUAAGCACGUGUACGACAACCUGAAGAUGUGCCAGCACUCGCCCGCCGUGCAGAUGACGCACGUUCCGGGCGACUUCUUCCCCGAAGAGUACAGAAUCAAAGACGAACCGGACCCAGACGUGAGAAUCAGCCAGGAGGAGGCUGACAAGAUGGUGGAGCCCAAGAACGAGUUCUACGAGGACGAGAAGGACAACGACAAGGACCCGCCGCCCGAGACGAAGGACCCAUAGCAUACGAAUGGCCUGACCGACCCGCUGGCUAUUUGACAACAACAGGGUCAAAGAAUUUACAAAAAAAAGUUUUUGUGCAGUGAAGUGAUUGAGUGCGUUGACAUUGAAUAGACUAUUGUGGAUUAUUGUUAAGUGGACUCUGGGUUUUUGACCUCUUUUGUGCGUAAGACUUUGUAUAUAUAGGCAAUGCAGGACUUCUGUAUCUGACGACUAUCUUCCAUGUGCAUGCAGUAUGAACCUUCAUAUGUAGGUGGUAUAUGCUUAGAGACUAAAGUAGUCGGCUAUCUGAGACUUGCAUUUCCCUUAUAUACCUAAUUUAAUUAUUAAGUUGUGAAUUGCAAAAAUGUUGACUUUAUUGUGCUAGUGAUAGUAAAAUGUUAUGCUUAAAAUGGGAAAAAUUGUGCUGAAAUUUACACAUUAAAAUAAAAUGAUUAACUAAGGAUAUCUUUUUUCAGAAUGUAGAUGUGAAUAUCUACAUUUUGACAAUAGAUAUUUGACUUUAAAAAUGUUGUAUAAGAAAUUGCUAAUUAAAACGUUAAUUGCUUAAAGAUGUAUAAUAAAUUAUGAGUAAAAUAGAUUUUUAAAUGUUUGCCUAUAUCAAAUGUCAAUAUAUUUAAAUUUAUUUUUUGUAAUGUCUAGUUAUAAUUAAUUAACAGUUUAUAUGAAUAGCAAUAACAUUUAUUGACAUAUAGUAAAAAAUUUGAUUGCCUGAAUUAAUAAAACAAGGCUUCAUAGUAAGAAUGCUCUCCACCACCUCCGAAAGUAGAACUUCCAGGUUUCAAAGCGAGAUGCUGCUCUACGACAUAUAGCACUCUAUCUCGCUCCCACACCAACAGCCGUCUUUAAGAGGUAGUGGGGAGAUCUAAGCUCCUCAGUGAAGUUAUAUCUUUAUUAUGGUUAUAGAAUGAACAAAGUUAUGAUACUUAUAAUAGAAUAAUUGAAUGAAGAUUAACUAUUUAUUACAUUAUGCAAUAAAAAUGGUAGUUUAUAGUAAUAGAAUAGUUAACAUUACAAUAGUGAAGCAUUAAAAUAUGUGAUCUCUUAAAAUGUUAAUAUUUGCCUUAGUUUAUUGAUAACACAAUACAAUAAUAGCCUUUUGUGUCCUUGCUGACAGACGCAUUAUAGUUAGUACUAAUUCUGAUAAAAUAAUCAACAAAUUUCGUCUACCUAAAGGAACUGAAUUCCUUCAUCAGUGAUUGUUAUCAUUGCAAUGUUUAUGAAUUAAUUUAUCUCAUACACAAUGAAACGAUGUCCAUAUUUCUGUAAUAAGGUAAUUUAGAUGUAAUUUCUUUAAGUUUUGAUUCACAAGAAUGUAAAGAUUUCUCGUUUCGUACAGAACAAUUAUUAAGACGUGGUGAGAAACACCGUGCGAAUUGCAAUAUAUUACAGAGCCGCGUGGUUCUGGAAUGAUGUAUAGAUGUUUGAAAGCUGUAUAUGUAGAUAAUGAUGUAUCAUCGCCGGCAAUGUAUCGCACUUCGCCCGAUAUUUCUCGCCUUAUCUAAAUUAGCCUUUAUUAUAUUAAACUGUUCAGCAAGGACUUUGCCUUAACAUUCACACAAGCGCCUUUAUUUCAUGAUCUUAGAAUAGGGAAGCACCGGAAUUUAUGAACUAAAAUACAUUAUACAUAUACUCUGCCAAUUUAUACAAAAAUAAAGCUCUAUACAUAGUUUAACUUAUCUGUGCUUGCGGCGCUGUGUGUGUAUUCUUCAAUGUGUGUCUAAAUGACACACAAAUGAAAGCUGUAUUAAUUAGUACACGAUUAGUCGAUAUUAAAAUAAAUACCCACACAUGGCGCCGUGCGCAAAUAUAAGUUUAAUAGACUAUAUAAGUAAUUUAGAACCAUAGUUAAUAGAUAGUUGUAAUUAAGUUGCUGGUAUAGAUUUUGGUGCCUACAGUGUAGGUUAAAUAAAUUAUGUUUUAUAAACAUAAGCUAAAUUGUGAAAUCAUUCCUAUUUUUUUAUUAAUGAGCUCUGUGGAGGUUAUUUGUGUUAGUGGUUGUUUUUUUAUUUGAUUGACAUUUGUUUGUAAGUAGCUCACUUUUAUAUAAAUUAAGAUUAUGUAUACACACCGGUAAAUAGUUUCUUGAAUCGAGAAAAGAUAUCGUACAUCGAGCAGGUUGGUCAAAUCACAAAAAUGUGUGAGAGGAUUGUGCCCCGAUUCUGCUAUUAACAAUGGCCGAUGAAUGAAUGAAAAUUGGCUCAUAACGACUUUCGUAUCCUUCUAAAGAGAAUAGGAAUAAUUUCCAAUUUAAUCCAAUUGCCAUUCAUUCAUCGGCCAUUGUAAGUAGCAGAAUCGGGGACCUGAUUUGAUGAGGAUCUUGAAUAUUCGAAUACAUCAUUUAUUAGACAUAACAUCCAUAGAUUCUGUAUAUCAAUUUGAACAAGAUGUAUCUCGUUCUCGAAACUAUUUAAAUGGUACUAUGGAAAGUGUUUUUUUUUUUAAUAAUUCAGAUUUGGUAAUAAUUAAUAACAACCGAGCAUGUUAGUAAAAUAUGCAUUAAUUUAUUAUGAUUGUCGGUCAUAUUUGUGGACAGUCAGAAUGAUUUUUUUAAUUGUUGUUAUACAAUGCAAAUAUACUUUAAUAAGCACUGUAUAUUAAUAUUCGGGGGUUCUAUCACCACGUCUCAGAUUGUUGCAGUUAUAGAAGUGAGACAACAGACAGUUGCUAUCCCACUUCCACAACUACAAUUUUCGAAAAACUGGUAUGUGCUAGUAGGACCCUCUCAUGUUCAGCAUUGUUAUUACCUUAUUUUGUUGUUGCUGUGUUAUAAUAAGUUGUACAUAAUGUAAAAAUUGUCCAUUAAAGAUAAUUUUAAUUUUA